AGCGACUGCUGCGGUACACUGUACGCUGGUUUGCACUUCGGCGGUUCGUUUCGAGACAAAUGUGCGCUGGUUUACAUUUGUCAACAAUUUUAUUCAACGUACACGUGUUGGUAUUUGUUUUAAACGUCGUUUACAGUUACAACGAAUAGUUUUUGUGGGUGUCCCGCGUGUUUUAGAGUGAUUUUUCGUGGUUGUUAGCAGAUUAGCUCUUUAAAGAUGGCUGAUCCAUGGAAUCGUGGACAUGGUGCUGUGGAUGACAUGCUAGAUGCUGAAAACAGGAUGAUGGCUGAGAAUCUGGCUAGUAAAGUGUCUAGACUCAAAUCUCUGGCGUAUGAUAUUGACAAAGAGGCUGAGGAACAGAAUACCUACUUGGAUGGCAUGGACUCCAAUUUUCUCAGCGCAACCGGCUUGUUGACUGGAAGCGUGAAGAGGUUUUCCACAAUGGUGCGAUCCGGCCGAGACAACAGAAAGAUCUUGUGUUACGUGUCCAUUGGUUUGGUUGUGGUCUUCUUCCUGCUGUAUUAUCUGGUGUCACGGCUCCAGAACUAAUGGGUCGCUAAUAUUUUAGAGCAGUUUCUCAGUUCUAUGAGAAUAUUUUUGGAUGCUCUGUCUGAUUCUCUCAUGAGGAGAUUUCAGUGAUGUGUAAAGUGGAUGUCUUUCCAUUAAUAUAAAUGAGGAAAGUAUGUGGUUUGGGGAUUUAUUGCAUUUAACUUUAUUUAAGCAAACCCUUUGUUUACACUAUCAAAAGUGGUCUAUUCAGUGUCUAUUUUUAUUCAUAAUCGAAAGGAACAUGCCAUGGACCAAUAUUUGCCGUUUUAUUUCAAAUUAAUUAAAAACAUAUUUUUGCAAUUUCCAUGCUUUAUAUUUUUAUCAUUGUAGAUUAUGUAAGAAAAUGUAACUAAUGCUUUUUUGAUAAUUAUGUACAUUAAAA